UUUUAUUCAAAAGGAGCUCUCUUCUUCCUUACAUUCUUUCUCUUAUUUACACAUUAAUUCAUUCAUUCGUUCCAUUCUUCACUCUCCACUUCAUGCAUACUCUUACAAUUUGCAACCCAAAAUAACAAUCACUACCACAAUCAUUACACAAUGUCGUCUGAAUUCGCCGAAUUCCUCUUCAGCUUUGCUUGCAAUAAGCUCGAAACCUGUCCACAGCUCGACUUGCGGCAACAGCUCCUUCAUUCUAAUCUUAUCCGUCAUAUCCUCCUUGCUCAUCACUCUGGUGCUUUGAACCAACAGCAACAACAACAACAACAACAACAACAACAACAACAACAACAGCAUCCCCCCUCGGGCCCUUCUGUAAUAUCAUCACCAUCAUCAAAUCCAGCUUCAAGUAACACUCUUCCCUCUUCCACAUCCUCAGAAGACUCACCGCAGCAGCUUCGCCCACAAUCAACCACGCUGACUCCGCCUUUGCCACCACGGCAGUCACUCGAUGCUCAGACUCCGCCCUUCCUGUACCACCCUUCUUCACCAUCCACUUCACCUACAGCAAAUAAAAACGACGUUUCCUAUAAUCAUCCUUGGUGUCCAUUUUCAUUUGACAACAAGCUGGGCCGGAUAGGACAAAACCAUCAUGACCAACUUGAUCCAGCUCAUCAAAUACAGAUGCAAGAUCUGGACGUAGAUGUAGAUAUGGAUAUAGGUGAGGACUCCGCAGAUCCCAUCCUUUAUCCUACUCAUAUCGAUAACCAUUAUGCGGGUUGCGGUCUCGGCUUUCAGCCCUACUUUGCUGAAUCACAGUUGGUGGACUAUGACUUUGAGCUGAGUCAGGCACAAGAGGACUGGCUAGAUGCAGUGUUGGAGGACCUAAUGGAGGAGGAUGAACAAGAUGAUGAAUCUGCGCCGGAAUAUGGUCCAGAUGAUGACGAUGAUGAUGAUGAUGAUACCAACGAUUCGUUUGGAGACCUGUUUAGUGAACUAGAGAACCAUCGUCAUAGCAACAUCAAUAUUAGCAGUAACGGUAGCCUCAAGACCAUCCAAAAUAUGAGCAUAGGCAAUGGCGAUAAUAAGGGCCAUAGCAACAGCAACAACAAUCCAAACCACAAUCACACACCGACCAAACCGAUUCGAUUGCUCCUGCACCCUAUGCCCCCCCUUGCACACCCAUACCAAUCCUUGGACAUGUAUACCUCAUCGCACGAGUCCCUUCAUCCCUAUCACCAUCAUUAGUCUUAUCUGCACCAGUCCUGUCCAAGUAUGGAACAGGAGUAAGGGUAGCUGAUUCUAUCCUUAAUUUUUUCUUGUUGACUACACAUCAAAAUGACACCAAAAUACCUUCACGAAAAGAGACGAUAGCGUGAUAAUAGAUUCUUUUCUUUCAUUGGAUUGCAACUGUAUUAAAAUAUAUUUCUGUAUUCUGUAUCAUUAAAUAAAGAACACUUGUGCCCUGCUGACAUGAGG